AUGCCUCCUAGACGAUCGACUGCUGCCAAGGCUAAGGCUAAGCCGGCCACUCCACCACCUCUGCCGACCUAUAAACUGCGUUACUGUGAUAAGGACAGCAUUUCUCCUAAUCUGCAUUGCUCCGUCUGUUGUGAGGUGUUCACUGAUCCUGUCUGCGCCACACCUUGCGGGCACACGUUCUGUAGAGAAUGUCUGUAUCAAUGGCUAGGCCUCAAGAACACCACCUGCCCUGAAUGUCGAGGCAGAAUCACUAAGCAGAAUUGUCACAACGAUUUGAUGGCACGUAAGUUCCUCGACGAACAGGACGUGUACUGUCCUUUUAGAGGUUGUCAAUGGGACGGCAAGCACGGUGAUUUGGAGGCGCAUAUGGGCGACUGUGAUUGCGAUCCUAGGAGAGUACCGGACUUUUUAAAUUCGUCGUCGUUGGAAGACUCACAAGAAGAUGCGAAUAGUAGCAUGAUGGGGGGCGCUCUUAGGAUGGAAUUGUUACGACAGAAUAACUCCAGUUUGUUGAAGGCAGCCGAACAGGGGUUUUUCACUCGAUCUACUGUGCCAAUAGAAGAAAUACUAGAUGACGAUGAUGAAGAAGAGAAUGACGGUUAUGAAGAACCUACGGGUGAAGCGAAGGCCACCACGUCGGCCCUCCGAGUUCUUCGAAAACUGUCACCAUUGGAGGUACCGAUACCACUGUCCGUGAAGAUACCCUCGUUUGAGACCAAAUCGGCUCUGAUGGGCCUCAACUAUACUACCUACAACAUUAAAGUGGAAGACUUCAACCGACCCCAUUCGGUCAAUCGGAGGUUUGAUGAUUUCGUGAAAUUCCACGAACACAUUAGCUCCCUGCCUUACCAUAGAGGAAGCAGCCGGGGCUCUGAGAAUGGCGAUGGCCAAUCACCACCGACUUUGGGAAGUAUCUGCAGCCCCUCUGGAGAUCCCCUGGUGCCAGCCCUGCCGCCCAAGCAGAUGUUUGGCUCCACCUUACCCGCUGUAGUGGAGGAAAGAAGACCGGCGUUAGAAAGGAUCCUCCAACGCGCUGCUCGGAGGGAGGAGGUCUUGUCUCUCGACUCUAGUGAUUCAUUCUGGAAACUUCUGGAACUCCCAUCAGCAUGCGCCGUUGUGUGCCGCUUCCUGAUCCCGUCAGGCCAGAGAAGUUGCCAACGCAUUCAGGAUCUCUGUGGUCUGCUAGACCCAGAUAAAGGGAAGGAGCAAUAUCGGCUCAAGCACGAGGCAGUUGUAAGGUGCCUCCUCAAUAUUGUAGACAGUGAGGCUAGAGGGAUCAUAUCUCUCCCUCCACCGGCCUUCGCAUCGGUCAUGGACGUACUGCACUUUAUAGUGUCUGACGAGGGAUCCCCAGGAAAUGUCGGAGCAUCUGAGAACGCGAGAAAACUGUUCGUGUCUGAGGGAGGUAUCCUAAGUCUGCUGCGGGUACUGGCCAGAGGAGGUCCUGAGGAGGCAGGCAACGGGGAUGUUGUCAUCCUCAGCAGUGAUAGACCAACUGUCGACGGCGAUGUUGGGCCCGACAACACCACAGUCCGUAUUGACCAAGCCAAACGCGUCCUCAAUGGUCUCAUCCAGGCCUCAGGAGAAGCCUUCAGUGGAAGACUGCUGGAGACCUUCCAAGCAUAUGAUGCGAUUACUGUAAUCACUGAGGAGCUACUGCCCGUCUCGAAGGCGCAUCUGCAUGAUACCAUAGCUAAGCUCCUCUGGCUCAGCUUAGAUGAAGAGUUCCAAGGACGACGUGACGCUACUAAGCAAAAUCGAUUCGGGUCUUUGGCAGCUGCUGACUACCGAGUUGCUGCCUUCCGAAAGCCUCUCCCCUUCGGCUCGUGUGCCGGGAUCACUCCUAUCUUCCCUAACACGAACCCCAGGAUGCUUGGCUCGAGUAGCUCAGUGUCUAGGUCAACUCCAGGAGAAUGCGUAGCAGUGGAUGAGAGUUUACGAGGAGCCUUACAAGAGCACAUAGCAUCUAGAAGGAUGCGGAACGCUCAAGACGUCGAGCAACAGGAGGGAUACCUCUUCUCACUAGUCGCUGAGUGUGACGCUCGACGGGAGGCGAUUAAUAAAGCGGUGGCCCCGACAGAGAUGAACGAUGCCUUUCGAAGCUUCGACAAAUGUCUGGCUAGAUAUCUCCAGUCCAUCCAGGAUACGGAUGCGGUGCUCAGCAAGUGCAGGGCUGGGAUAGCCAAACUGAACUCAUCCGCUGAGGCAGACCUCCGUCCCUUGCCGGAGCUAGACCCUGGGGAGGUCCUAGCCUGGGCCACUAGCGCUCUUGAGUUACAGCAGGUCGAGGGAGAGAUAGCCGCUUUAAACGACAAGGCUGAGGCAUGUGACAGGGAAGCUCGGAGGGCGAAGAAGGAGGCACACGCGGUGGAGCAACGACUCAAGACAAUUACUGCUGAUCUGCAUGCUCUGGAUGCCCGUAUAAUAUCAGAGGGAAAGGCACCUGGUGACGAAAGGCGGCAGCUAGCUGAUACCAGGUCCGAGCUGGACGCUCAGUUGUUGCAGUUAAAACAGGUAGCUGCUUCCAAGCGACUUGAAGGGAACACACUGAAGCAGCGGGCUGCCGAAAUAGCUGCUGGUCAGGGAGCAACGGUUGCCUCUUCGACUGUUGAUAGGGCUCAACAGGCAAGAGGGGAUGUCAUCGUGGAGGAGUGGGUGGCUCGAAUGGAAGCAUCGAAAAAGUCCACCAGACAAGUCCACAAGCUGAGUACUCACCUCAGUACUGUGGGUAUGCGAUUGCAACAAAACGAGAAGGCCGCUCAAGAGGAUCUCUUGGCCUCAUAA